AUGGCACCCAAAUCUGCGCGUGGGCGCAAACGGCAGACCAAGAUAAGCUUUUCGCCCGCCACGAAACCUAUGUCCUCGACUCGAUCAUCUACAGUCGCAAAGAUGGGCAAUGCGCCGUCGCAAACUGAAGACCACACUUCAGCAUUACCAACACCUCGAAAGUCGACUCGAGCGGCGAAACCACCCCGACCUGAUUCUUCGAGCGAGGACGAGUUGGCGGGCGAAAUGAAUGCGGGCAACGCACGGCUGAGCAAGAAACUGCAUACGCCUGUCAAGCGCAAACACAAAGGCAUGUUCGGUAGUUCGAAUGUGAUGUCCACAGGAUAUGAGAGCUCAGAGGAGCAACACAUACAGCCUGUCGCGAGGCCAGCAAGACGCAAGCGACAACGGGCAUCCUCGGGCAGCGAGUCGGACCAUGCCAGGCCGACUGUCACGAUUCUUCCGCGGAAGAGGCAACGAAUUAUCGAAGUGAUUGAAAACAGCUCAGAAGAAGGAGAAGAGAGUGAGGAUAAGGAUGAGGAAGGCGAAGAUCAACAGGAGGUGGAGGGGGAUGAUGAGGAUGAGGACGUGGACGAGGACGUGGACGAGGCACCAAAAGCACAUACGAGGCGACAGGUCAGGCGGCAGCGUACAUCAGAAGACGAAAUUGAGGUGCAGGUUCAAUCGCGAAGUGCACGGCGCAGACUAGCUAGGAGACCAUCUCCCUUGUCUGAUGAAGAUGAUGUGCUGGUCCUGCCUCGGUCUCGAAGGGCGAGACCUGUCCGGGUAGAGAUCCCAACAGAAGAAGAGUCAGAGGCCCAGACACCCCCCAAAAGUGCACGGCGGAGAAUUAGAAGACGAGCGGCUGAAUCAGCUAGUGAGGAUCAAGAUACAGAGGACGAUGGCGUGGAGGUCCAAGACGACGAUGAUGACGAUGACGAGGAACGAAACGAAUUGAAGGAGGAUCUUGCUUUUUUGAAAUCGUCGCCAGUGCAGGAUCGCGGUCGUCUACGAAGUACACAUGACAAGCCCAAGAACGAGCGACAGAAAGCUUUGGAAGCUCUGAAAAGAAAGAGAGCUGGAACCACCGAGCCACCUCCUUCGGCAACCCCCAGCAGGAAGAAGCCAGUCGUAACUGAGACUGACUCUGACUCGGAGCUCGAGGUUAUCAAAGAAGAGCCCGAAAGCGAUGGUCCGAUAGGAGACGUGGUCGAUGAAGACGACGAUCUUGAUUUUGACGAGCAUGAGCCAAACGCAUUGGACAUAUUCCAAGAAGGCGAGGACGACAUUGGCUUCAUUGAUGACAAUGCGGAUGCAGUCAUUGGCGAGCCAGCCCUAGAUGCAGAUCUAGACGACAUGCGCCUCACCUUCAGUCUCUCGCGCGCAAAGACCAAAGACCUCUUCAAGCACGCCGUAGAGUGGAUGGUUAUGAAGAAGAUCCACCCCGCCUUCGACUCGACGCGAAAUUUCUACGUCUUGACCUUCCGCAAACUCGACGACGAAGUCAAGGGCCUCGCGGGCUCCAAAUUCACCUCGUCGGCCUGGACCUCGGAAUUCACACGUGCAAUCCGUGCAAGACCCGAUCUCAUCACCAAUGAAAUCCGUGGCGCCGCAGACUACAUGUCUCCCCACUGUGCUGCUUGUAAUCGCAAAAACCACCCUGCCACGUGGGAAAUCAUGCUCACCGGGCAGCCCUACGACAAAGACACGCUCGAGCCCCUCGAAAACGAUAGUUCAUCAGAGUCAGAGUCAGAAUCAGAGUCCGGCUCCGAUAGCUCCUCCCUCUCCGCCUCCCCACCCCGCAACACCACCACAGAGAAGCCCGAACGCGACGCCUCGGGCGAAGUCCUGCCCCCGGAAUCCCACCGCUUCUACCUAGGGUCCACGUGCAAAGCCAAUGCACAAGUCUCACAUACGCUGUACCACUGGCGCCACCACCUCUACCAGUGGGUGAAGCAAUAUCUCGCGCAGCAGGGCCAUUUGACGGCGGAAAAGCUGGUCAAGAGGGACAAGGCGAGUAAUCGGAAGCGCGAGAAGGCGGCGAUUAAGAUUGUGGAUAAGAUGGAGGCCGAGGGUGAGAUUAGGAAGUUGUGGAGGUUGUAUAAGGAGCAGGUUACUUUUGCGGUGGAGGCGAGUAAUGAGUACAAGGAUGGGUGGGGGAGGAAGGGGCGGUGA